AUGGACAUCGACAAGAACCUCGAACGUGUCAAGCAAGUCAAGGGGCUUCGGUGGCUCAACCGUUUGAGAAAAAGAACGGAAGAGAUACCGGAAUGGGCAUCGACAUUCCAUCCAGAGAGACUGCCUUGUCAAAUGGAAGGAGACGAGCUUUAUGGCGGAUUUAAUCUAUGUCAGAAGGUGGUUUUUACUAACAACGAGGCAUGGAUCAUUCGCUUUCCAAUAGCCGGCAAAACGAGUGAGGCACACCUCGACGAGAAGGUCGCUGGCGAGGUGGCGACAUUGAGGCUUCUCCACGAGCGAACCAACAUUCCCGUCCCCAAAGUCAUGGCUUGGGGCCUCGCCAUCGAUAAUGCACUCGGCCUGGGCCCGUUUAUCAUGGAGGAAUUUAUCCAAGGCGAAAGCCUCAAGAACAUUCUGAGGGAAGAGGCCGAGGGAUCUAUGCUCUUGAGGAAUGACCUGGACGACAAGGAAGUCGAGAUCAUAUACCGACAGCUCGCUCAAUUCACGCUCCAGCUCUUCGACCUCAACUUCAGCCAGAUCAGCGGUCUACCCUUUGCAUCGACCCAUGGGCGGCGGCCGCUCACAGUGACGGCCCACGAGAUCAUCCGCCUCGGGGGGGUUGACGUUCUCGGCCCACGCAGUGAAGGAUUUUCGACAACCAAGGAGUAUUUCGACCACGUCGUCGAGCAACACUGGCGACAGCUUCUUGGACAGCUGAAUUCGGUCGAGGACGAAGACGAUGCCCGACAGAAAUACAUCUUCUUCAGGGUUCUGAAGUCCUUGACCGACCGUCAUGUCUGGCCAGAGUACAACGAAGGACCAUUCAAGCUCAUAUGUGACGAUCUCGGCCUAGCAAAUAUGAUUGUCGACAGCAGGGAGAAGCUAAAAAUCACUGGAGUCGUCGAUUUUGAGUGGUCGUAUACCGGCCCGGCUCAGCUACUCGGCACCGCACCCUGGUGGCUCCUCCAGGAAAGGCCAGAACUCUGGGACUUCACCCCCGACAUGAGAGCUCGGUUUCUCAGGCACUUGGGCUUAUUUAAACGCGUUCUGGAAGAAGAAGAGAAGCACGCGCCAGAGUACCAGAGCAGGGAGCUCUCGAAGUUGGUCGAGCGAUCCGAAACCGAGGGGACGAUGUGGUACCACAUGGUCCUGCAGGGGUUCUUCCACGGUCCUGGCAGCUUGCCCUGGGAGCAGCUGAAAGACCAUACUCCAGACUGGGACUUGCUUGCUUCAGGAAUUCCCGAGGAGGAUAUUCGGUCUUUUGUCGCCGCCAAGAUGGAGCACUUGAAGCUGCACGACGAGCGGCUGAAAAAGACGGAGACCACAUACGAUGAGAUGCUGGCUGGAAAGUGGUCUAUUCAAGGGUUUAUCGACGAGGUCGAAGCCCCAUACAAACAUGCUGCAGAGAUUCCUGAGGAGGGUAUUGGGUCUUCUGUCGCUGCGGAGAUGGCACACUUGAAGGUGCACGAUGGGAUGGCUGAAAAAGAUGGAGACCACCCGUGA